AUGUUGAAAGUAGCUAAAAAACUUUCCAGAGCCUCAGCAUGCAAUGACGGUUUAACCUCAAAAUUUUGCCUUGUCCUAGGUCUCCAGUGGGGUAGAGAAGGAAAAAGAAAAUUACUAAACAAACUUUGUGUUGAUUAUGACUAUUCAUGCCGCUUUAAUGGUGGUACUCUCAGUGAACCAAACAUUCUUCCUAAUGGUGAUGCAAUGAAGAUAUUGCCUGUUGGAAUUUAGCAUAGUAUUAAGUGUAAGAGCAUUCUAGGUAACGGAGUCAUCAUUGAUGCUAAGCAUCUUUUACAUGAUAUUUAUGCACUUGAGAACAAUGGAAUUGAUUACAAAGAGAGGCUUUAUAUUUCAAAUAGAGCUCAUAUUGAAACUGCAUUUCACAAGAAGAUUGCUAAAAGACUUAGAGAAUUGAGAAAUGAUACAAUUUGGAUUAAUGGGGAAGAUGUGAGCAUGGCUUUCAAGCCUAUGAAAAUGGGAUUAAGAGUUGCGAACCUUGUUGAGCCCUGGCAACUAUUUGAGUAAAAAUACUAAAGAGUCCAAAGCACUUUCUCUGAACUCUUUAAAGUUGAAUUUACCAAUGAAGAAAUGUAAGAAGAUCUUGAUUAACUCAGAGAACUUUAAGAGGUCUUAAUAAAGUAUAAGAUGGUGACUGACACAGUAGUGCUUCUAAAUCAAAAGAUUAAUGACGGAAAGAGAAUUUUAGUAGAAGAUUGCAGUACCAGUCUUAUGGAUGUUGAUUUUGGAAUCUAUCCAUACACUGACAGCUUCAACACUACGACUGGUGCAGUUUGUACAGGUCUUGGAGUGCCAGAAGAAGCAAUAGAAACUACUAUUGGAGUUAUGUCAGUUGCAUCUAUCAUUAGGAAAGCAUUCCUGAAUAGAAUUUAAACAUUCCCUUCUUAAGUGCAAUCAACAGAUCCAGCUUAUGAAUCAAUGAAAAAGAAAUUGAAUGAAGAAUACGAUAUAACUAGUGAUACAUUUGACUUUGGUUGGUUAGAUCUUAAUCCAAUCAGGCAUGCUCAUAUGUUAAAUCAGCUUUCCUCUAUAUACUUAACGGGAGUCGAUAUUUUAGAUGAACUAGAUGAAAUUAAGAUUUGCAAACAGUAUAAGAUUGAAGAGUCCCUGGUUGAAGGAAUUCAUCCAACUUUGAUCGAUGAUUUUGCAAAGCUCUCUCCAGUUUACAAAUCAAUGAAGGGCUGGAAACAAAAGACUAGUGAAAUUGAAAAAUUCGAUGAUUUACCAGUGAAUUGUCAAAGCAUGAUAAAGGAAAUAGAAAAAGGGGCAAAAGUGCAAAUAAGCUAUGUAAGUGUCAAUAAUGAAGAAGAUGAGGGUUUGUUGAGAAUCAUAAGAUGA